AUGUCGAGUGGAAGCCAUCGUUCCCCCUCGGCCAUGCGGCCCUCCACUCGAAUAAGUUCAAUUGGUGCCACGAGCAACCGCUCCUCCACUCAUAACACAGAAACGGAGCUGGACCCGUUUGUGGCUUCCCUGUCACGCGUGACGGUGUACACAGACAUUCCCGACAAAACAUUGCAACGCAUUAUGAGCAUUACAGUGGACGCAUACAACCGAUUUGUGCUCGUUCCCACUCGCAACACAUGGCGGAAGGAGGAGGGAUCGCGGAAGGAGCUCGAACGCGAGGUGGAGCGUACCGCAUUGAGGGAUAUCGCACAGGCAGUGAAAGUAAAUGUAGAAGCUGCCCUUGGAGGGACUUGGCACGUUAUUUAUGGGCGGUCAUUUGCCACAUAUGUCACACACCAGCAGCGUUGCUUCUGCCACUUCCAGUUAGACGGAGCGAAUGUUGUGGUGUGGCGCCAUGGCGGUUAG